CCCGGCUUCGGCCCGGUGGGGCAGGGGACCAUACAGCCAACCAAAGAAAACGUACAGGGAUCAGUGUUUACGCCAAGGCAAAGGGUGAUCGCUUCUCGGAUCCCCAUUUGGCCCUUGAAGCUGCAUUGUGCAUUCAGUGAAUACCUGGAACCAACCAUUCGGAGCAAGUUCCGUACAGACUAUGCACUGAAAUGAGCUGAAGCGAGGCACCUACCGUGUUUAGUCUUUCCUGAAGCAUUAUUACGGUGCAAGUGACCAUCAAAGGGGCUAGUCGCGAUUUGUACAGCGGGAGCCCAAGGCUAGGUCUAUGGUUCUGCCAGAGAACCAUCUAGCGCGAUAAAAAAUAGCGGUAGAAUCAUGCCCUUGAGCCUCUGAUUUUCUACGAUCUUCGGAUUCUUGUCACAUAUGUCGUCGACGAUACAUCCUGGCCUUCUUGAUUGUGACCUUUGGGCACGAUGAAGCCAGAGUUGCGAGAGACCUGGACGCCCGCCAUUAAUGUCCUCACCUGGUUCAUGCUGGUGACUGCUAUCCUGAGUGUCCUUACUCGUUUGGGUACAAAGUAUUGGAUCUUUCGCAAAUUAACAGUCGAUGAUGUCCUGAGCAUCACUGCUCUGAUGGCCUGUGUUGGUCAGUCCAUCGCAGUUUCCUUGGCUACCGAAGCUGGGCUCGGCCAGCAUUUUCUUCCAUUGAAUUCAUCUGAUGUGGAAAAAAUGAUGAAGGCUCAAUACGCCGCAAAUAUCUUCUUCGUUAUCAGCAUGUGCUGUUCCAAACUCGCCCUAAUGAUGUUCAUCCGAAACCUGUCACCCGCUUCUCUCGAUCGGCAAUUCGCUCUUGGGCUAGGGAUAUUCAUCGUCUUAUGGGCGAUUACAGGCAUUUUGACGGCAGCUUUCCAGUGCCACGUCCCGAAUACUUGGGAUUACAUCAAUGGAAAAUGCUUUGAUUUGGUUGCAUGGUGGAAUUACCUUGGAAUCACGAACAUUUUAUCCGAGGGUGGAAUCAUUGCCCAGGCACUAUUGGUAAUUAUUCGAGUCCAGGCGGAUGUCCACAAGAAGAUCGUUCUAGGCAGCGUCUUCUUAUUUCGAGUGGUUGUGGUUGUUGCGAUCAUUUGUCAACUGGCUUACGCAAAGGAUACAAGAGGAUCAGGAGAUCCAACAUGGGACACAUGGACCGUAGUUGUUUCUACUCAGAUGACCCAGGCACUGAGCAUCGUCACUGCCUGUUCGCCCCAGUUCAAACCGUUCCUUGACAGCCUUCGGUCCUCGGGAAUGAUUUUGGGAGGAUCAAGCUAUGGGAGCCGACAGAGAACCUAUGCUGGAACUACCUACAAGGUAUCGCGUGGUCAUCGCACUGGAGAGACACCCAGUGAGACGCAUGAGCUUGUCACUAUGCCGGCAGACACCGUCAACCAGACUACUGUGACAUACUCACCGGAUUGUGAUGCCGAAAGCCAAACCAGUCAGUCUCGAAUUAUUCGCGAGGUUCGAACAUGGACUGUAACAGAGACCCGACGGGAUUAUGGCUAGAAUUAGUAUCUACUUACUCAAUAUUUAGCAAAAUUGAUCAAAAUGUACGUUAUCA